AUGUCUAAUUCGGUUAAGAUACAAAAAAUUAAUAAUACUGCUUAGAAAAUCGUAUCCGUAUUGAAUGGAAAUUAGGGAAUGAUGCUAUUAAUGCUGAUUAAUGCAACUGAUGGAGAGAUGAUUAAGCUUUACUAAGAUAAUAGUGAUUAAUUGAGACCAUUCUAUCAAAUUAAUUAACAAAACUCAAUUUUAAUCACAGAUGAUAAUCAGAUUUAUAUUUGUGCCUUUAAUUUGGACAAAAUAUAAAGUGUAAUAGCAAGAUUUGAUGUUUCUAUAUUAGGUUCUACACUUAAUGGCAAAUGGUCAAAAGUAAUAGGAUCAUAGCAUCAAAGUCAUCAAUUUCUCUCAAUUUACCUUGAUGAGAACGAUGGAGUCAUUAAACUGAAUGCCUCAACUGGUUAGUUUCAAUGGUUGCAUGGAUUUGAAUAUAACAAGACAAUACUAGAAGAUGUCAAGAUAUCUUCAAUGACCUAAUUUUAUGCAGUGGUAAAUGAUAAUAUCGAUCCAAUUUAUACCACUAAAAUAUACUUAUUAAAAAUAAGCUUCAACAGUUCAAAAUCAGUGGAAAUAGUUGAAUAAAUAUUAUAUUUCUAAGAUUUUAAGAAACUCUAUCAUGCAAAGAUAAGAGAUGAUUUUCUAAUAGUUUUUUCAGGAUAAGCAUACAUUAAGGGUAGAACUUCAUUUGUUAAUUCCAAUGAUGAAAACUAAUCUUGUUAUAAAGCUGUUCAAAUUGAAGGUCAAGAAGAUAGUUAAUACAAUGUUGCAGUUACCUCUGAAUAUUUGAUUAAGGAAUAUAAUUACCAAAAUAUAUUCAAAGAUGGUGGCAUCAUGUUACUAGAAUAAUAAGAAGAUACUUUAAAAUAUGUUAAUUUGAAAGAAUACUAUCAAGAAUAUCCUAAGUUUUGUAAUAAAAAAUCUAAAAUCAGUCUUAAUUACACUUAAUGGGACUUGAAUUUAACUUAGGAAGAUCCUUAAGACUAUAGAUUGAAUUUAAAUGAAUUAGUAAAAGGUGAUGAGAAUUGUUUAGAUUCUAAAAGAUUUUUCACAGUUAAUCAAGAAGAAUUAACUAACAAAUACUAUUUUGAAAAUGAUUACCUCAUCUUCAAAUACGAGGAUAGAGUAAUGGGAAAUGGUAAUUUAUUUAAGAUUUAUAUUACGUAUCCAGACUAGCAAUAAGAAAAUUGGCCAUUGAGAAUUAAUCUUUUGAGUUGUAAAAAUGCGUAUAACUUGACAAACAUAUUCUAUAAUUUGUAUUCUGAUCCUGUUAUAAUAGAUUUGAAACCUUAGUAUUAAAAGCCACAUCGAUAAUGUCCGGAUCCAUAUUUUGAAUUUGUGUAAACAGAAUAGCCCACAUCAGAUUUUUAUGAUCCAUUCAAUUUUGACAAUGAAAAAAUGAUAGAUACAAUUUAUUCAAAUAAUUUAAAUUCCAGGGGGAAAUAUAUCCGAAAAUACAUAUUUUAUUUUGAUAGUUUAAAGAAAGACAUUGUGUAUUAAUUAGUACUUCAUUUGACUGUAAGAUGCAAUUCUACAAAAAUAUAAAUCGAUGUCUUAUAUUAUAAAUACUACGUAGGAAAUGGUCCAAUAAUUAUAGAUUAUGUGAGAGAUAAAUUCUGGUCAUCAUGUAGACCUUUAUUUGAGGCCAAGCCAUUAAAUUUGUACAGCUUCAUAACAUUUGAUAAUAUUACAAACUCUUACAUUAUUUCUGAUUAAUCUAACUAUUCUUUUUUUGAUGAUUACUACAAAGACUGGCGUUAAUUCACAUUUGAUAUUGAUGUGGACCUCAAGGAUGAAAGCAGUGUACAGUACUAUUGA